GGUUGAUGGACAAGAAUAGACACAAAAUUUCACGCAAUACUAUCCGAGAAACUGAAAAUCUAAGAGGGACGCGACAACGAAAUGUCUCGUCGCCAAGUGUCGUUUUACUGACUUUAGUCAACUACAUGAAUUUAAUAGAUUUAAAUUUUUGAAUUAUACUACGCCAAUGUUUUUACAAACGAUAAGUGAAGAAGUUCACGGUAUUCUGUCAAGUUAACCCCAAGUGUUGUGAUAUUCGAGAUAAAUGUCGAACUGAAUUAUAUAAUUAACGGGUAAAAUGAAUUUACCCAGUGUAAGUGAUUAUUCUUUGUUAGAAAAAAUCGGCUCAGGAAGUUAUGCGACUGUCUACAAAGCGUUUAAAAAGGAUGGAUGCCGAGAGAUAGUUGCAAUCAAAUGUGUAGACAAAUCGUCGCUCUCCAAGUCAGCUAUUGAUAACAUCGUCACAGAAAUCUAUCUACUAAAAAUAUUGCGUCAUGAAAAUAUCGUCGAAAUGAGGGAUUUUUUUUGGGAUGAAGGGCACAUAUACAUCGUAAUGGAAUACUGUGAUGGCGGUGACUUAUCAAGUUUUAUAAAGAAGAGACAUAAGCUACCCGAACAAAUUUGCCGUAAAUUUUUGCAACAACUCGCACUUGCUUUGAGAUAUCUACGUAAUAAUAAUGUUUCCCAUAUGGACUUAAAACCACAAAACUUAUUACUAAUGAGAAAACCGCAAUUAACAUUAAAAGUUGGAGAUUUUGGUUUCGCUCAGUAUCUUUCAAAUUCAGAGCAAAAAUUUGCGAUUCGUGGUUCUCCACUUUACAUGGCACCAGAAAUUUUGUUUAAGCGCAAGUACGAUGCUCGCGUUGAUUUAUGGAGCGUCGGAGUGAUCAUGUACGAAUGUCUUUUUGGUAAAGCUCCAUACUCUAGUGGUAGUUUUCAAGAAUUAAUUGAAAAGAUCAAGGACUGUCGAUCUAUAGAGUUACCGAAAGGUUCGCACGUAUCACAUGAAUGCAAGGAUUUAUUGAUGUCCUUAUUGAAGCAUGAUCCUGACAAGAGAAUAACGUUCGAUGAAUUUUUCGGUCAUGAUUUUCUGGAUUUGGCUCAUGCGCCAACAAAGGAAAAUUAUGAUAAGGCAAUAGAGUUAGUUCAAAACGCUGUGAAAAUGGAUGCAGAGAAAAAUUUAAAAGAAGCAUUUCAUUUAUACUGUGAAGCUCUUAGAUAUUUUAUACCUAUUGUUACAAAUGAGACUGAUUUAAAACGAAAAGAAAGCUUAAGAUUACGUAUAAAUGAUUACAUUAAAAGAGCAGAAAUAUUGAAAGCAUCGUGUAUAGAUAAUAUUGAUGAUAAAGAUAAAUGUAAAUAUGUGCAUCAUAAAGAAAGCUCUUCGUCUAUUCAAAGAAUAUCUUUAAAUGAAAAAUCAUCAUCCGCAUAUCAUGAGCUGCGAAUACUUAGCAAAAGUACAGUUGGUAUGAUGGAUGCAUUUGAAAUAGGAGAAAUUGCUGAAUUAUAUCUUGCAGAAGGAAAUUAUGCACUUGCAUUAGAAAAAUUUCAAUUGUGUCUAGGGAUAUUGGUACCCCUGUUAGGAAAAGAACCAGCAGGUCGGAGGAGAGAUCUAUUACAUAAACAGGUACAAUUUUGGAUGAAAGAAGCCGAAAGUACCAAAGGACUUUUAGCUACUAAAGAUAUUGAAGAGUCCGCGCAACGUGGUUCUGAUGCAUCAGAGCAAUGCAUAAUUCAGUAAUUCAAAUUUAUAGAAUAUUAGUUAUAUAUAUUAAUAAUCCUCAAAUUUUUGUGAAACAAAUACAAAUGCUAUGUUAUUCAAAUAAUUUAAUAUAUGUAUAAUGUUUAUUUAUGA